AUGUUACAACAGACCCGACGGCUUGUCCUCAUCUGCUGUAGGAGAAUGACGACAGCCCAUUGGUUUCUCCUUGGUGCUUUAGCAACCAUUUACUUUGUCACGGUUUGCGUCGUCACCUUCAAUGUUUUAAUGGAAAACGGAGCGAUUCAAAUGUCAUCCAUUUUGCACAGCGAAAUUGGAAGCGAACAGACCCUGGCCAAUUGGGUGAAUCGCCCAAAAAACAAUCGACAUCAGCGAAAUAACAAAGAUCAUCAUUCGCUGAUGUUCAAGAAGAUUCUAUUUUGGAAUUCCUAUUUCAGCUCGAAGGAUUUCGAACUCGGAUUGGGGCGCACGGCGUUCAAAGAAGCCGGAUGUCAAAUCACAAAUUGUGUCUUGACGGACGACAGAAAUCUGCUGGAUACCAGCGACGCCGUCAUUUUCCACGCCAACGAUUUCAAUGAAAGAGAUUUGCCGGAUCCACUUCACCGACGUCCCAAUCAACGGUUCAUCUUCUACAAUUACGAGACGAUGGUAACUGCCAGCGACAUGCCCAUGUUUACGCAAACAAACAACUUUUUCAACUGGACCAUGACCUAUCGGCGGGAUUCAGACAUUUACGACGUCCGGACUUAUGGCGCAAUUCAACGACGGACCAACGCCCUUCCCCCACCCACCAGCAUGCCCGUCAGACUUGGCCCGGAAGUCCUUCCGCCUGAUCCGGCUUCAAUGAUGAUGCCCAGCAACAAGUCAUUUAGUCGACAUCAUUUUCUGCUGGCCAAAAAGACGAAAAUGGUCGCCUGGUUCGUCUCUCAUUGCCGCACUGACAGCCUCAGAGAAAAAUAUUUCCAAUUGGUGGGCCAACACGUCCCCAUCGACACGUACGGCAGUUGCGGAUCUCUAAAGUGCGUGCCGUUGCGGAGUGAAAAGUGCGACAAGUUGCUCGACAGCUACAAGUUCUACGUGGCCGCCGAAAAUGCCAUUUGUCCCGAUUACGUCACAGAGAAAUUCUAUCGAGCCAUGGCAGCCGACAUUGUCCCCAUCGUCUACGGAGGCGCCGAUUACUCCGCAUACGCCCCGCCCAUGUCUUACAUAGACGCGGGAGAUUUCAAAUCGCCAAAAGCCCUGGCCGAUUAUUUAAAACUGCUGGACGAGAACGACGGCCUCUACCUGAAAUAUUUCGACUGGAAAAAAGAUUACGAAGUGGUAAGAAGGCCAGUCAGCGGCUGGUGCGAACUUUGCGAGAAACUCAACGAUCCUCAACAGAAACCAAAAGUCUACGCAGAUAUGACGGACUGGUGGUAUCAUAAAGAUAUUGCCUGUCUCUCCGGAUAUGAUUACCUUGACAAUUUACUGCAACAAAAUAUGACAACGUUCUGAAUCUAA